CUACAGUGGCUGUGGAUAGCUUCAUAGUGCUGCGUUUUAACUUGUUGUCCCACCAGGGAGGGCCCAUCAAUCCUAUGAGAUUUUAAUACCACUUUAUGGAUAGUGAAGCUGGGGCUUAGAGAAAAGUAUCUUGCUUCAGGCGACACAGGGCCAGGAAGAAACCAAGUGUCAGUAGGAAAUCUGUCCUCUCAGCCACCACACAGCAGGCUUUUAUAAGAGGACUAUAGGAGAAGUAGGGAAAUCAUGUGAGUUGACCAUGAGGUUUUUGUUGGGGAGGAGAUGGUAGAUGUUAAGGAACAUUCGAGAGGAGGCUUUACAAUACCCAGAAGAGGAAAGGGGCAUUAGCCUAUUCAGAACCCCUUUCCUAAGAGUACCCUGAAAUGAACAACCAACCAACCAAAGACCAGGUGGCGGGUCCCAAACCCAGUAAGAAAACGGUGACACACUCAGUGCCCCCUGGGAGAGGUCAAAUGCACAGCACACAUUUCAGGCCCUAAGUUGUACUGAAAUACAGGAUUCUGCUUAAUUUUAGUCCAGACUGACCCAAGGCCCAAUAUAAUAUCUAAUCCUUUUAAAGCACAUUAACCUCUCAAGCCCCAAAGAGCACACCCUGGGGGACACCAGGGCCAGCCUAGGGUGUGUCUAGUCAGUUCUUUGGUCCUCUCUGUGACAAUGAACAUGAACCUGGUGAAUCUGUCACACACUCCCCUGAAGGCAGGAAGGACCAAGUGAUCAAUACGCACAUCUUCUGGUUAGGACCCUGGUUGGGGCUUCCACAGCAGGUAAGAAGUGGGCCUUUUCAAGGCAAGGCACCAUUUGCCAGUCUAUGACAAGUACAGUCUGUGAUGCCACGUAAUCAAACAUAUUUUUUAAACAAUUAGGCUCAUGACUCAAGGUUAAAUCACAUUGUAAGAGGAACCACCUGACAACAGAAAUUUCUUUUGAAAUUAGCCAUCUUUCUUUGGCAGAGAGAGAAAACUCUUUGUCUAUGUUUUUCUGCCUGUUGAUAUUUGAUGUUUUUAUUUAUAUGAGGUUUAUAAAUAGAAGCACCCAAUCUCUGUAGUAAGCAAAUUCACUAGAUUCCUAGGCGCAAUUUCUUUGGGGAGGUGUGUGUUAAAUCUGGAGUAGGGCUGUGAGACCAGUGUCCUCCUAAAUUCUUAGCCACACAAUGAGAAACUAGGGAAAGUGAAACUAACCACUUUGUCUUUCCCUGUGUUCAAUGAUUAAAUGCUGGAAUCCAAAAGAACUACGGAAAUCUAAUCCAAAUCCCUUCCACAGCUCGGGUUGGUGAAGCUUGAAAAGGUUGAGGAACAGGCCCAUGGAGCUUGUCUGUCCGGUGUUCUUUCUCCUUAAACCUUCUCUCCUGUAAGGAACUCCAGUGUCAUUUUAAGGUGUUACUUUUUUGAUCAGUCACCAGAACCAAGAAGCUGGUCUCACCUGCUUUUUUAGUAUUAGAGUGGAAGCCAGGCCCCAUCUUGUCUUCCCCAUCUCUCUACCUCCACUCGCUCUCCCUCACGUUUGCCUUCAAACUCUAUUACCUUUGGCAAUACUGACACAGCCCUGAAUUUCCUAGGUUUGCUGGGAUCUGGAGCAAGGUGGCUCUUGUUGGUUUAACGCGUCUGUCCCACAAUGCUUGAGCUGGUCCCCAAGGGUUUGGAACACAGGCCUCAAAACCAGCAAACUGCCAUCCUUUGCCCUCUGGCAGGUCUGCGUUCCCUUACUGUGUGGAAGAAUUAGGAAGCCGCAGGAAACAGAGGCAGAGACUCCACUCGAUGGGCUUGCCGUCCCUUGGAGAGGUUCCAGGCUGUUGUUCAAUGUCUGAAAUUUUCCCUCGUGACUUGCCUGCGUCCUUGCGUCAUCUCCAGACAUUUGGUCAAGGAAGUCACCAGAGGAAAACUAAAAGUUAUGUAUUUGUACCGAAGUCGGUGUCCCAGCUCACGGGGCGCCUAGGCACCUGUGGAGAGCGCGCAGGAUGAGGCGUGUGGGGGCCUCAGGGCGCCCUGCUUGCUGCGGGGGUGACUGUGCUCAAGGGCUCCCUCACCCAUGUUUCUCACUCCGCAGAUGACUGUAGGGCUGGCCUGUUUUUCCUUCUAGCACUUACCCUCAGACUCCCCUUAAGUACCCAGGAGGGCCGUGUUUUUAAUCGGAGGUAGAAAUGGAAGCUCCCCCAGGGUGCCCGGGAAGCGUCCCUGUGGGGCGGCGCCCCCCCUUCCGGAGGGCCGCAUCCUGGUGGGGGUGGGGGCUCGGCUUUGAUCCCAGGGCACCUUUUGUCCCUGGAGACGCCCAGCCAAGCAGAAAUGAUGGAAGAAUUGCAUAGCCUGGACCCACGACGGCAGGAAUUAUUAGAGGCCAGGUUUACUGGAGUUGGUGUUAGUAAGGGGCCACUCAAUAGUGAGUCUUCCAAUCAGAGCUUGUGCAGCGUGGGGUCCUUGAGUGAUAAAGAAGUAGAGACUCCUGAGAAAAAACAGAAUGACCAGCGAAACCGGAAAAGAAAAGCUGAACCAUAUGAAACCAGCCAAGGAAAAGGCACUCCUAGGGGACAUAAAAUUAGUGAUUACUUCGAGUUUGCUGGGGGAAGCGGGCCAGGAACCAGCCCUGGCAGAAGUGUUCCACCAGUUGCACGAUCCUCACCGCAACAUUCCUUAUCCAAUCCCUUACCGCGGCGAGUAGAACAGCCCCUCUAUGGCUUAGACGGCAGCGCUGCAAAGGAGGUGUCGGAGGAGCAGUCUGCCCUGCCCACCCUGAUGUCAGUGAUGCUAGCAAAGCCUCGGCUGGACACGGAGCAGCUGGCGCAGCGGGGGGCUGGCCUCUGCUUCACUUUUGUUUCAGCUCAGCAAAACAGUCCCUCUUCUACAGGAUCUGGCAACACAGAGCAUUCCUGCAGCUCCCAAAAACAGAUCUCCAUCCAGCACAGACAGACCCAGUCCGACCUCACAAUAGAAAAAAUCUCUGCACUAGAAAACAGUAAGAAUUCUGACUUAGAGAAGAAAGAGGGAAGAAUAGAUGAUUUGUUAAGAGCCAACUGUGAUUUGAGAAGGCAGAUUGAUGAACAGCAGAAGAUGCUAGAGAAAUACAAAGAACGAUUAAAUCGUUGUGUGACAAUGAGCAAGAAACUUCUUAUAGAAAAGUCAAAACAAGAGAAGAUGGCAUGCAGAGAUAAGAGCAUGCAAGACCGCUUGCGAUUGGGCCACUUCACCACUGUCCGGCAUGGGGCCUCUUUUACUGAACAGUGGACAGACGGUUAUGCUUUCCAGAACCUUAUCAAGUUAACAUUAGCAGAAUACCAUGAACAAGAAGAAAUCUUCAAACUCAGAUUAGGUCAUCUUAAAAAGGAGGAAGCAGAGAUCCAGGCAGAACUGGAAAGGCUAGAAAGGGUUAGAAAUCUACAUAUCAGGGAACUAAAAAGGAUACAUAAUGAAGAUAAUUCACAAUUUAAAGAUCAUCCAACGCUAAAUGACAGAUAUCUGUUGUUACACCUUUUGGGUAGAGGAGGUUUCAGUGAAGUUUACAAGGCAUUUGAUCUAACAGAACAAAGAUAUGUAGCUGUGAAAAUUCACCAGUUAAAUAAAAACUGGAGAGAUGAAAAAAAGGAGAAUUACCACAAGCAUGCAUGUAGGGAAUACCGGAUUCACAAAGAACUGGAUCAUCCCAGAAUAGUUAAGCUGUAUGAUUACUUUUCACUGGACACUGACUCGUUUUGUACAGUAUUAGAAUACUGCGAGGGAAAUGAUCUGGACUUCUACCUGAAACAGCACAAAUUAAUGUCGGAGAAAGAGGCCCGAUCCAUUAUCAUGCAGAUUGUGAAUGCUUUAAAGUACUUAAAUGAAAUAAAACCUCCCAUCAUACACUAUGACCUCAAACCAGGUAAUAUUCUUUUAGUAAAUGGUACAGCAUGUGGAGAGAUAAAAAUCACAGAUUUUGGUCUUUCCAAGAUCAUGGAUGAUGAUAGCUACAAUUCAGUGGAUGGCAUGGAGCUAACAUCACAAGGUGCUGGUACUUACUGGUAUUUACCACCAGAGUGUUUUGUGGUUGGGAAAGAACCACCAAAGAUCUCAAAUAAAGUUGACGUCUGGUCAGUGGGGGUGAUCUUCUACCAGUGUCUUUAUGGAAGGAAGCCCUUUGGCCAUAACCAGUCCCAGCAAGACAUUCUACAAGAAAAUACUAUUCUUAAAGCUACUGAAGUGCAGUUCCCGCCAAAGCCAGUAGUAACACCUGAAGCAAAGGCAUUUAUUCGGCGAUGCUUGGCCUACCGAAAGGAGGACCGCAUCGACGUCCAGCAGCUGGCCUGUGACCCCUACUUGCUGCCUCACAUCCGGAAGUCGGUCUCCACGAGUAGCCCGGCUGGAGCUGCUAUCGCGUCAACCUCUGGGGCAUCCAAUAACAGUUCUUCAAAUUGAGAGCGACUCCUUGCCACAAACUGUUCAGCACAUACAAAGUGGACAAAUGGCAUUCAGCAGCGGGUUUGGAACAUAGCGAAUCCGAAUGGAUCUCAUGAAACCUGUACCAGGUGCUUUUAUUUUCUUGCUUUUUUUCCCAUCCAUAGAGCAUGACAGCAUCGAUUCUCAUUGAGGAGAAACCUUGGGCAGCUCUGGCCCGGCCUCAUAGGAAAAGGCCCCGCCCAAGGUUCCGGCGUCAACGGCCACUGCGCGUGGCUGCUCUGAGUGAGGAAAAAUUAAAAAGAAAAACUGGUUCCAUGUACUGUGAACUUGAAAAACAUGCAGACUCAGGGGGGGGUCCCUGAUACAGUGCUUCAGAUGAAGAAUGUGGACUUGAAAAUACAGACUGGGCUAGUCCAGUGUCUAUAUUUAAACUUGUUCUUUUCUUUUAAUAAAGUUUAGGUAACAUCUCCUGAAAAGCUUGUAGCACUAAGGCUCAGCUGGGGAUGGUGUUUGACUUCGGAGGAGAAAAGUUGCUAUUGCCCGUUAAAGGCACUAGAGUUAGUGUUUUAUCCCUAAAUAAUUUCAGUUUUUAAAAACAUGCAGCUUCCCUCCCCCUUUUUUUAUUUUUGAAAGAAUACAUUUGGUCAUAAAGUGAAACCCGUAUUAGCAAGUACGUGGCAAUGUUCAUUCCAGUCAGAUGCAGCGUCCUCCUCCACGGGCUCCUGGCUACAGCUGCUUCCCUCGCCUCAGCAAGGAGCCUGAGCGGGCUGGACUGCAGGCUGUGGCCUUGGGCAAGAUGGGGCUGGAAGACUGCGGCUUGGAGUCUCUAGGGUUCAACUAUUUCUUCACAAUUUGAACACUUGACGGUUGUCCCUUUUAAUUUAUUUGAAGUGCUAUUUUUUUAAAUAAAGGUUCAUCUGUCCAUGCA